GAGGAAGGCUGUGCUUCUCUGGUCUCAGCUCUGGAGUCAAACCCCUCACACCUGAGAGAGCUGGACCUGAGUAACAAUGACCUGAAGGAUUCAGGAGUGGAGCUGCUCUCUGCUGGACUGGGGAAUCCCCACUGCAAACUGGAGACUCUGAGGCUGUCAGGCUGUCUAGUCACAGAGGAAGGCUGUGCUUCUCUGGUCUCAGCUCUGAGGUCAAACCCCUCACACCUGAGAGAGCUGGACCUGAGCUACAAUCACCCAGGAGACUCAGGAGUCAGACUGCUCUCUGCUGGACUGGAGGAUCCACACUGCAGACUGGAGAAACUCAAUGUGGAACAUGGUGGAGAGAACAGAAUGAAACCUGGGCUUAGAAAAUAUGUCUGUGAUCUCACACUGGACCUAAACACAGUAAACAGACACCUCUCUCUGUCUGAGGAGAACAGAAAGGUGACAUGUAGGAGAGAGGAGCAGCCGUAUCCUGAUCACCCAGAGAGAUUUGAGUACUGGGGACAGGUGCUGUGUAGAGAGGGUCUGACUGGGCGCUGUUACUGGGAGGUAGAGUGGAGUGGGAGAAUGGGGGCAGAUAUAGGAGUGACAUAUAAAGGAAUCAGCAGGAGAGGAGGGGGUCUUGACUGUUGGCUUGGAGACAAUGACAAGUCCUGGAGUCUGUUCUGCUCUGACAACAGUUACACUGCCAGGCACAAUAAUAAUGUCACUACCAUAGAUGUCCCCUCCUCCAGCUCCCACAGAGUAGGAGUGUAUCUGGACUGGCCAGCCGGCACUCUGUCCUUCUAUAGAGCCUCCUCUGACACACUGACCCACCUGAUCACAUUCACCUCCACAUUCACUGAGCCCCUCUAUCCAGGGUUUGGGGUUUGGGGUGAAUCAGUGUCCCUCUGUCAGUGAUACACACACUCUGGACACACUCUCACACACACACACAGGACACACACACACAUAGGACACACACACACACUCUGGACACACUCUCACACACACACACACACA